CACUUUGCAUCGCCGGUCUUGUCUGCAGGCCUUGUUGUCCUCGGUUCGGUCCGCGAAACGCACGUUUUUCUGGAGCCCGCUCUUCUUCCGAUCUAAAUCCCUGCAGACCAGCAAGAAAUAGAGCACGAAUCGCAUUUUCGGUGCUCUAACAGCUGAACUGAUAAGCGUAUCAGUUCAAUUGCCAGAUCUUCACUUGUUCAGCAGAGCUCGUGCCGUGCGGUUCAAUAAAUCCCAGAUCCCUACAGGAAGCAGUCAAACUAAAUCGCAGCAAAGAUGUCCAAACCUGACUACAAAGUUGCCGACAUCAGCCUGGCCGAGUUUGGCCGCAAGGAGAUCGUGCUGGCCGAGAACGAGAUGCCCGGUUUGAUGGCCUGCCGGAAGAAGUACGGACCGCAGAAGGUGCUGAAGGGUGCCCGCAUUGCCGGGUGUCUGCACAUGACCAUCCAGACGGCGGUCCUCAUCGAGACGCUGGUCGAGCUGGGAGCUGAGGUCCAAUGGAGCAGCUGCAACAUCUUCAGCACCCAGGAUCACGCUGCCGCAGCUAUCGCCAAGACCGGCGUGCCGGUUUACGCCUGGAAGGGAGAAACCGACGAGGAGUACAUGUGGUGCAUCCGGCAAACCUUGGUGUUCAAGGACGGUCAACCGUUGAACAUGAUUCUGGACGAUGGUGGCGAUCUGACCAACUUGGUCCACACCGAGUACCCGCAGUACCUGGAGGGCAUCAAGGGAGUCAGCGAGGAGACCACCACCGGAGUGCACAACCUGUACAAGAUGCUGAAGGAAGGCAAGCUGGGCGUGCCGGCCAUCAACGUGAACGACUCCGUCACCAAGAGCAAAUUCGACAACCUCUACGGAUGCCGGGAGUCACUGUUGGACGGUAUCAAGCGGGCUACGGAUGUGAUGAUUGCCGGAAAGGUUUGCGUUGUCGCCGGAUACGGUGAUGUGGGCAAGGGUUGCGCUCAGGCGUUACGCGGAUUCGGAGGACGAGUGCUGGUCACGGAAAUCGAUCCGAUCAAUGCCCUGCAGGCUGCCAUGGAAGGCUACGAAGUGACCACCAUGGAGGAAGCCAGCAAGGAAGCACAGAUCUUCGUUACCACCACCGGAUGUACCGAUAUCAUCAUGGGCGAGCAUUUUAUGAACAUGAAGGACGACUCGAUCGUGUGCAACAUUGGACAUUUCGACUGCGAAGUGAACGUGGCCUGGCUGGAACAGAAUGCGAAGGAGAAGGUCAACAUCAAGCCCCAGGUUGAUCGCUAUCUGCUGCCCAGUGGCAACCACGUUAUCCUGCUGGCAGAGGGUCGUCUAGUCAACCUGGGUUGUGCCACCGGCCAUUCCAGUUUUGUUAUGUCCAAUUCGUUCACUAACCAGGUGCUGGCUCAAAUCGAACUGUGGACCAAACCGACGGAAUACAAGAUCGGAGUGUUUGUACUACCGAAGAAAUUGGACGAGGAAGUGGCUGCUUUGCAUUUAGAUAAAUUGGGCGUCAAGCUGACUCGAUUGAGCGCACGACAGGCCGAAUAUCUUAACACGCCAGUGGAUGGCCCGUACAAGCCGGAUCACUACCGCUACUAAGUCAUCUCUGUCUAGAAUAAGUUACGCCAUUGAUUAUCGGGAAUAAAAGUAUAUUUCCUUUUGUA